UUUACAAAUAGAUAAUUUUGAAGAAUGUCAGAAAACAACCAAGAUUCUCCUAAACCCACCAAAAGUGCUGUCGACAUGGACCCUAGCGAUAUCUAUGUGAAGAUUGGCAAUAAGCAGGUUCCAUUCUCCAGUAUUAAUAAGCCUCAUUCAGUUUUGUUAGGGCCAAAGCACCACAAACCACAACCACCAACCGAGGACUUUCCUGACUUGACUCCAGCCGCCAAGGCUAGAGAAGCUGAGUUGGAAGAAAAGAAAAGCCUGUAGUUUUGUUAUUAGAAAAUAAAAGGUGGUUAUAUAUUAUGGAAAUGUACAGGAAUUAGGAGGGAAGCAAGAUAAUUGUAAAAUUCACAGAAAUACGAUCAGGUAAUACAAAGGUUAGUGUACGGCUAAGAAUCAGGUAACUCUCUCUGAUUUUACAUACCGUUUCUCCAGACGAGUAAGCCUCAUAAGAAACAUAACCAAUGCUCUUGUGAUAUUUUUUCUAUAAGGGUCUGCCCCGUUUCCUAUUAUUUUUUACUUCAAAUUUGAUGAACACCUUAUCUUAACAAUGCGAACGCGAGAAAAAGAAUGAACUUAUUACGUUACGUCUAUAUGAGCUUCGGAUUAUCCAAACGGUUCUUAAGAGCAGUAGUGUAUACGAUUGGAUUCUUUGCCACUGCGUCUGCACUCUUGUUCUUUGCCAAUCAACAUAAUUAUAUCGAUAUCAAUCGAUAUAUUCCAUACUACUUGACACCUACAUUUUUCCAACCAUCGUCUGAUCUAUAUAUCAUCGAUAUCCUGGUGAAAAAAUGCCUUAAAUUCAACGGAAACAACCCUCUUUGUGGAGUCCCCGGAAGUGCUGAAGGUGCUAAUGGAGACUUGGGUGUGCUUGGAGGUUGGAACAGAGUUGAUAAAGACUUAACAUUGGGGUCGAGCUUUUUACACAAACAGUUUUUCAGUUACAAAAUCCUCAAACAUGAUGCUUUUCAGAAUGGUCAGCUUGAUGAGAGCCUCAGCAACUUAGUUAUAACAGAUAUUGCUGUGUAUAACCCCGAGGUGGAUGGCAAAAUUCCAGGAAAUAACAUGAAACUUCCUCAAAAGAUCUUGGAAGAAUUCAGAAAGUCUGACGUGUAUGAUGACGAAGAUCAGAUCCAUUACGAAAAUCAUGGUGUCAAAGGAGAACUAUCCAAAGAAGAUAGUUAUAAGCACAAGGCCAGCUUGGGUAAUAAGGUGGUGCAAGAUCAGAUUGACCAGAAGGAAAAAGAAGCCUUGGGAAAGGAAGAUGAGACGGCAAUUAAAGACAAACAAAAAGACAAACAGAAAGAGAAAGACACACAGAAACAGAAACAGAAACAGAAGACUAAUGAGGAAUCGGAAAAGCAAAAAGCUAAAAAAGAGACAAAGCCAAAAUCUGAACCAAAGGUUAAACUAGAAUCCAGGAAGGUUGAGGAGAGAAUACUGGAUCUCAAUAUCCACUAUGAAAUUCCCACUCAAGAGCAGCUUGAUAAAAGUGGAUGGAAGCACAAGUCCAAUGGAAUAUGGUGCAAAUUCGAAUAUUAUUCUACCACCAAAGCUAUAACUGGUAUUGAUAUUUUAUUUGGUAAAGAUGCGGUGGAACCAAGGCCAAAUUGGAAUAUUAUUAAGGAUGCUCCAGUCUCAGGGAUUAAUCCAUCUAAAGGAAGAGAACCGUACUUGACAUUCAGAAGAGGUGCCAAAGUUGACUACAAAUCGUCCAAGUAUCAGAAACCAUUGAAGAUCGACAAGCAAGGCAAAUUCAAGAUUCUUCAAGUAGCUGACUUACACUUCUCUACUGGAGUAGGGAAAUGUAGAGAUCCAGCUCCUGAUUCGACCGCUAAAGGAUGCGAAGCCGACCCGAGAACCUUGAAGUUCCUUGAAAAAGUGUUGGAUAUCGAAACCCCUGAUUUGGUGGUAUUGACUGGUGAUCAGAUAUUUGGAGAUGAAGCACCAGACAGUGAAUCAGCGCUUUUCAAAGCAGUGUAUCCAUUUAUCACGAGACAAAUUCCGUUUGCAGCCACAUUAGGAAAUCACGAUGAUGAAGGUUCUAUACCCAGGAAUGAAAUGAUGUCUUUAAUUUCUAAUUUGCCUUAUAGCUUGGCAGCCAAUGGCCCCGAAGAGGUUUCUGGAAUUGGAAAUUAUGUCAUAAGUGUUCAAGGAUCCUCUCCUAAAAGCUCAGCCUUGUUGUUGUAUCUCCUCGAUACUCACAAAUAUUCUCAAAAUCCAAAAGUCAAUCCCGGAUAUGACUGGAUCAAGGAUUCACAGUUGAUGUUUGCCGAAAGAGAAUACAGUAGUUUCAAGACUCAAAUUGAAAGUUUCCCCAAUUAUCACAUGUCAAUGGCGUUUUUCCAUAUCCCAUUACCAGAGUACCGUAACUUGGACCAAGCUCAUAUUGGAGAAAAACGUGAAGGAAUCACGGCACCAAAGUAUAAUACCCAUGCUCGGACAAAGUUAGGUGAACUUGGUGUCAAAGCUAUUAGUGUGGGCCAUGAUCACUGUAAUGAUUACUGCCUUCUUGACAAUGAAAAUAGCAAAGAAUUGAAUUCAAAUAAAAUGUGGUUAUGCUAUGGUGGUGGUUCUGGAGAAGGUGGAUACGGUGGAUAUGGGGGAUACAUAAGGAGAUUAAGAAGUUUCGAAUUUGAUACUACCAAGGGAGAAAUAACAACUUGGAAGAGAUUGGAAUCAGAUCCUGAGACCAAGGUUGAUAAGCAGGUGAUUGUGUCUCUUGGGGAGGUAGUUAAUUUUAAGGGUUAAGGUAUAGUAUUAAUUUCCAACUAUAAUGUAUUUAGUAUGAAUAAUCUGUCAUCUUGUAGUAUCUAAGCGUAUGGCUGUAUUUGGUAUUUACAUCUCAGUGUAAACUAUAUUUCA